GUCACCGUAUCACCUUGGUAUUACCGGUCACUUCGAGUUCUUUGAGUUGAUGCGCGUGUACAACAUCUCUUUGCGAUAUGCGAACAAAGAUGACCACCAUGCUGCGACACGGAUGGCGAUAAAAGGCGACAGUCUGCAAUCCGCGCUCACCGAUACUUCCCAGUCGCCUGGACAUCAUGGCGAGCACGUCGUCGAGCUCACGCCUCCCCUCCACUAUGAACAGCAUCUCCUAUGUCACUGUGAAUGACAGGCCAAGAUUUACGCGCCAGAAAUCUGCCCUUUCACCCCAGACGACGGACGUCGAUCGAACUUCGCCUCCUCCGUAUGAAGGCGUGUAUACCACAGUAUGCAGGCGGACGAAGCGCUUGUAUCAGCUCGCGCACCGAACGGAGGCCACUGUACAGGAUGCCCUAUUGGACGCACCGCGCGACGCUGGCUCCACAUGUUAUUCCCUGCGCAUCACCCUGACCUCACUCCUACUCUCCUUGGCCCGCCUCAAGCAAGCUAUAGCCGAACAUCGUGAUGUUCUUCCGGAGGCGACGGACCAGUGGUGCGAUCACCAUUUGCCGUAUGUCGAGGCGAUCCUCUUCGCCUUAGAGCCAUUCUCCUUUCACGAGGACUUUGACGUCUCCCUCACAUGGCUACGAAAGACCGCCGAAGAGUUACGCGAGCUGGUGAACAGCGUAACGCGCUCGUAUCGAAAGCUCAUGUAUCACCACUUUCGGGAAGUACUACGCGCCAGCCAAGAAGAGGCCGCCGCCGCCCGCGAGGUCGAGCUGGAGCGUCGUGCGGCUUUUAUGGAAGAUCAUCUCCGAAGGAAAGCGAAGGCCAUGCAGACCAGGUCGGUGAUGGCGGCGUACAAGAAGGCUGCCCGGACAGGUGAUCCUGUUUAUCUGGACGACGAAGGACGCCUGGCGGAGAGAUGAUUUGGGGUCAUGAAUGAUUUGCUCGACUCCGGCGACGACGAAUGUAGCCCGUGUUGUAUCCCCUCAGUAUGUAUCUCUAUCGAUCUAUCACUCUUACGGCAUUAUCCAGGCCUGAUCUUCCCGGACUGCGUGGGAUGGCAAGGUUGAUGGUGG